AUGAAAAGACAAAAGAGCAAGAAACAAAAGGGCGGCAAUGAUCGCGCGGCAAAGGAAGCCGGCACAAACGGCCGAGACGAGGCACUGCAAGGCGUCCGUCGGAUAUACCAGCAACAGAACAUCGCCGAGGCCACCCAUCGUGCCUACGUGACUCGCUUGGUCCGGCAAUUGCCCACCAGCAAGAACCUCCACGGACGGUUCUGUGCCCCGGGACAUGGUGAGAUGUGUCGCGAGAUGGCGCGAGGCGGAUGGCGUGCUGCGGGGCCGGUCGUUCUUGCCUGGUUUACAGUGCGGAUGGGCGGAUGA